UCUCAGCUGCUUAAAGUUGUUAGAACUCGGUGAUAUGUGAAAUGUUAGCCUAUUAGAAUUUGCAUUCAAGUUAAAGUGAGUUUUUUUCCAUGCUUGGGGUUUGCGUUUUGUCCUAAACGUGGAUUAGGAUUUUGCGGUGGUUCGUCCAAGCGGAAGAUGGAUAUAUUUUCGCAGUGGCAACUGUUCGUGAACCUCUGAGCCGUUACCGCAUACACCCACACUGACGGGGCGCCGCGCGGCAGCUGCGCAGCUCCUGCGUGCGCGGAGGUCUUUCCUGAAAAGGUGGUGAUUUCGCAAGAUACGCUGAUGUCUUUCAUCUGAACGGUUGCAAACAACUGUCGCCGGGUUGAAUUUUCAGAUUACUAAACCUAUCAAGGCAGGACUGACAAUGGAGGCGUCCAUGGAACGAGAAUGCAGCGCACUAGGAGGACUUUUUCAAACAGUAAUUACCGACAUGAAGGCCAGCUGCCCGGUGUGGGAGGACUUCAUCAGUAAGGCAGGAAAACUGCAGGCCCAGCUCAGGACGACAGUAGUCGCGGUGACGGCUUUCCUCGAUGCGUUUCAAAAGGUGGCAGACUUGGCCACUGGCAGCAGAGGUGGUACCAGGGAUAUUGGAUCAGCCCUGACACGGCUGUGUAUGAGACAUCGCAGUAUAGAGGCCAAACUCAGACAGUUCUCAACGGUGUUUGUGGAGUCACUGAUUAACCCACUCCAGGAACAGAUGGAGGAGUGGAAGAGAGUGGCCAACACUAUGGAUAAGGACCAUGCCAAAGAAUACAAACGAGCUCGCCAGGAGAUCAAGAAGAAAUCUUCAGACACACUUAAACUGCAAAAGAAAGCAAAGAAGGGGCGCGGAGACCUCCAGCCGCAGGUAGACAGUGCUCUGCAGGACGUGAGCGAUAAAUACGUCACGCUGCAGGAGACGGAGAGGCAGGCGGUGCGGAGGGCCCUGAUCGAGGAGAGGGCCCGAUUCUGCACGCUCGUCUCCAUGCUCAGACCCGCUGUGGAAGAAGAGGUGUGUAUGUUGGGCGAGAUCACUCACCUGCAGUCGAUAUCUGAUGAUCUGAGGUCUUUGACUAUGGACCCACACAAGCUGCCUCCUUCCAGUGAACAGGUAAUAGCUGAUCUGAAGGGGUCAGAGUGCAGCUGGUCAUAUCAGACUCCGCCUUCUUCUCCGAGCACCACAUCCAGGAAGUCCAGCAUGUGUAGUAGUCUGAACAGCGUGAACAGCAGUGAUUCUCGUUCAAGCAGCUCUCAUUCUCACUCUCCCACCUCGCACUUCCGCUUCCGAGGCUCCACCCUCCCCCAGCAAGGCCCCGCCCGCCUUCCCAGUGUGUCCUCCCAUGACUCUGGCUUCACCUCUCAGGAAACUUGUCAAUCUAAGAGCCCUUCUCCAAUGCCUCCAGACAGCAGUGCACAGUUGUUAAAUGGGCGCGAGUCACUUAGCCCGUAUGCAGAGAGCUCUUCCCUGCUCAUCCCUCCAUCUUCUCCACCUCCCUCAUACCCCUUUCAUCACCCUCUGUGGGCAUGGUCUCGGCCGGGCGAUUUCGUGCCAUGUUUUCUGCUGGGUCCCAGUGCCCUCCCCCUCUCCCACAGAGUUCCAAGCUGGAAGGACUGGGUCAGACCGGGCCCGUAUGACCAGCCCACGGUGAACACCCUGCGGCGGGGGAAGGACCAGGAGAGGGGACGGGAGGGCCGGGAGUUCAGCAGCCUUGGCGAGGAAGCUCCGAAUGCCAUUCCCAAUGCCAGCACCCGCGGCACAACCAGGGAUGAAGCUCAUGAAGAGUUGGCUGUGUGUCUGAAACGUGGUCUGUCACUGGACAUCCCACGCAGCAGUAGAGACUCUGUUCAGGGUUCCAGUGGCUACAGCACGCAGACCAACACACCCUGCUGCAGUGAAGAUGCCCAUGUGUUUGAUUAUGACCACUUACCAGGGGGUGAAGAUCAUGACCCAGAGCAGCGGGACUGCGAUGGGACCUCCCCCAUUUCUCGGAACCCUGACAUCGGCCAGUUGUAUCGGCGGACGUUACCAGCCAAGCGUCCUGCUUCGACAGGCGGCUUGCCCUCACCCUGUGGCCCGGUAACGGCAACCCCUGGCAUUGCCACCAUCCGCCGUGCGCCCUCGUCCAAGCCGAGCUUGUGGCGGGGGUCGAGCGGCCAGGGUCCGAUCCCCAUCAGGACCCCCGUCAUCCCUGUAAAGACGCCCACCGUGCCAGAGCUACCGGCCCCUCCACUCUGUAGCGAGGGCAGAGAAAGCCCCCGCAGCCCCACCGGGAAUGGCAGUAACCAAUUACCCUCAGAGCGAGUGGCCGCCUCCUUCGGCCAAUCAGCCAGUCUGCCUGAGGAAGAGGAGGAGGGGCAUGAUGUGCAGGAAGAUGAUACACCCCUGGCUAUUCGCCGAGGCAUGAGGCUCAAAAAGACAAUGACCAGUGACCGGUUUGCACCGCUUCUCGAAUGAAGGGCGGGGACUGUCUCGGUCUUGACCAAUCAGGACCCACAGCUCACAUGUGGCAGAAGUGAUCGAGGUAGCGACACCGUUAACAUGGCGUGGGAGUGUUAUUUUCCAUCAUAGGGUAUGAGAGCUGUUAUUGCCUACAUAAUCUGAUUGUUUGGUUGUAUACAUAGUUUCUCUGUUUUGAAGUGAUUCUCUUUUACUGUUACUGAUACUGUAGGCCUUUACUACCAGCCCACACUUCUAUAGGUGCCAGAACGCUGUGCCUGAUACCGGCGUUUUCCUUUAUACUUUUGUCCCAAUCAGGAAUUGGAAGCAGGAAUUGCAUCUGGCCCAGGACAGCCCCUCUUAAGCUUACUCAAAGAUAGCUCAGUGUACCUCAAUGGGUUAAAAUGUGAAAAGGCUCCCUUAAACAGGACCCGUAACAGCUUGUGCACAUAGCAGAACUCUGUGCAUUUUUCUGCGUGAAGAAAAUCUUAGAAAGCAAAUUGGUUUCUUUCGUAGUUAGAAAGAAUGCAAAGCAGUGUUGGGAGAAAGAAGAGGGUGAGACGAGUGACCCUUCCUGCCCCACUACCACUCUGACUGCCCUCCUCCGGGUUCAGAGGCCUCCUCCGCUCUUGGUGGGCUGCAGCGGCAGAAGUCUGAUUGCUGAUCAUGGCAGCGAGGCCUUCACUGAUAGUGUGCUCGAUGGGCAAUGUCAUAAAUGGACUAGGCUUUACUAUGUUUUCAGCCACCACUGCAGUACAUAGCUUGGACAGAGCCAUUUCUGUGAUGCGUUCCUAAUUCAGCAAAAGCCUAAACUACCGACCGACUUUCAUAUAGUUCAAGUUUGGUUCAUUUGUCACAUACAUAGUCAUACACAGUAUAACUCGCAAUGAAAUGGUUGAGUGCUCUGUCCAAACUAUAUAGUCGCUGUAAUUAACACAGCUGGAAGCAGGAGUGGCAUCUAGACACCUUAGCCAGGAAACGAUAGCCUGUUCUAGCUGAGGUGAGUCUGGAGCCUGUAUAAAGGUGAAGGACUUCAUUGCAGGACGAGGCAGACACACGAACAGCCUCCUAAGCCCAUGUAUUUCCAGCCAGAUGUGGAAAACUGAAUGUAUAAUACAGCCAUAACAUAUCAGCUGCAGAGUUAGUUAUUUACGUUUUAUGGCAUUUAGCUGACACUUUUAUCCAAAGCUACUUACAAUUAUGACUGAGAAUAACAUGAGCCAUUGAGGGUUAAAAGUCUUGCUCAGGGGUCUAACAGCAGCAACUUGGUGGUAGGGCUUGAACUGGCAACCUUCUGAUUACUAGUCAAUUACCUUAACCACUGAGCUACUACCACCCUGGUUAUACACCUUAGCAGAAUGGCAUAGCAAUACUAGAGUGUGGUGCCUUGUGCUUGUAGAAGCAAACUUCCCCCAGCAUCCCUAAGCAGUCAUGCGAGCUCAAAUAGAAGCAUCACUGCCACCUCAGGGUAUGUGGCUGUCGUGUUUGACUGAUGCAUGGCAUAGUGUACAUGAACCGCAUUAGGUCUGUUUUCGAAUGACAGCAAGUACAGUGAGGUUGAUUUAGGGGCAGACACAGGGCAAAGUCUCUCUCCCUCUGCUUCCCCCCAUGGUGGAUAAUGGCAGGCUGGGUUUAUUUCUGCCACUGUACGGUAGGAGCUGUAGUGCCUGUGGGCCUGCAGAAGAGCCUGGAUGAGGUCUGCUACCCUGCAAAGUUCCCAGCAUUCACUCACUCUUUCUGAACUUAACUAACAAAGUCCUAGUCAAGAUUAAGACCAACAGAGGAGGCAAGGCUAAAACCAAGCCCAAGACCCAAACAGGGCCAGACAAAUGGUUCAAAACCAAGAUCAUAUCAGGACCAGACAAACAAUUCAAGACCAAGACAAUAACAGAGCUAGACGAACAGCUCAAGACCAAGACCAUAACAUAGCUAGACUAACAGUUCAAGACCAAGACCAUAACAGGGAAAGACAAACAGUUUAAGACCAAGACCAUAACAGAGCUAGACAAACACUUCAAGACCAUAACAGGACCAGACAAACAAUUCAAGACCAAUACCAUAACAGAGCUAGAUGAACAGUUCAAAUAGUUAAAAUCAGCUCCAAGACCAUAACAGAGAUAGACAAACAGUUCAAGACAAUAACAGAGCUAGACGAACAAUUCAAGACCAAGACCAUAACAUAGCUAGACGAACAGUUCAAGACCAAGACCAUAACAGACCCAGACGAACAGUUCAAGACCAUAAAAGGGCUAUACGAACAGUUCACGACUAAUACCAUAACAGGGCCAGACAAACAGUUCAAGACCAAGACAAUAAGAGAGCUAGAGGAACAGCUCAAGACCAAGACCAUAACAGGGCCAGACAAACAGUUCAAGACCAAGACCAUAGAAAAACUAGACAAACAGUUCAAGACCAAGACCAUAACAGAGCUAGACGAACAGUUUGAGUCAAGACCAAGACUAGAAAAUUCUGAAUUCAAAUUACAACCAUCAUUUGAAUAUGGCUUACCACACAUCCUUAUACCAAAAUUUUUCAUUUAAUCUUUCUCACUUAUAACAAAUAAUGCCUCACACACAAAAGCAACACCAAAAAUACCUUCACUGCAUCUUACAACUAGACAUUACAUUUACAGCAUUUGGCAGACACUGUUACACACAGCAGAUUACAUAUAUAUCAGUAUGACACUACAUGUGAUCCCUGGGAAUCAAACUCAUAACCUUGGUAUUACUAACAUCCUGCUCUUCAUACUGAGAGCUUGAUAUCAAGACCAGUGGUUAAGACCAGGUAAAAAUUUGACUGAGUGUGUAACAGAGUUUGUAUUGAACACAAGGACUGUACACUUGCUUAUUUCCAUGGAAACAGCAGGGAGAACAGUAAAAUGUUCCUUAGUGCUGUUCCAACCCAAGGUCCUAUAGCCUACACAAAUAGUUAUAAAAUAACACCCGCAACGAGACCACUGGAAGUUUCUUUUGAAACAUUCUAUUCCGGUUUCACUGUACUGUUUAGAGUUUAUUAUCAAAUUUAAUAACAUUCAAACAGCAAGCAAAUGAUCUACUUCAGAAAUACUACUGAAUAUCAUUCUUUCUCCUUUUUAAUGGUAAAUUAAAUCUCUGGGUCUGGCUUUUCCAUCUCCUUUAUGUCAGGUUAUGUAAUAAAUGUUCAGUGUGCUGUAUGCUUUAUGGUAACUUUAGGCCUGUGUGAAGCUCAGGCAGAAAGGGUCUAUAACCUUCUAGAAUGUUCCUCUUAGCUGAUGCUAGAUGCAUAUGAAGCUGAUUGUCUGUACAUAGUUCUCCAUGUGUCUAUUUGAACUACUACUCCUGCCAAUACUAUUGUUACUGAACAAUAAUUUAGCUGCUCUGAUAUUGCUAUGGAGGAAGUCACUAACAUUUAUGAAUGAAAAGAACAGUACAGAUGUUUGGAUAAGAGUGAAGAAGUUGGUGUGAAGCUGGGAAGUUACUAUGAAGUCAUUUAUAUGUGAGGAAUCCAGUUCUUCUAGGUGCUUCAGUGCUGAAGAGUCUCUGUUUAAUUCCUGUGCUAAAUUGUUGGUUUAGCUAAUAAAAUUACUGAGUGA